AUGCAUGCGGCGGAUGUACUUCAAGGGGUCUAUUAUCUCACAUCCCAACCAAUCCCAGGCUUCGCACAAAUACCGGCCGAUUCCACAGAUUCUCCAUUACAUAAGACAUCGAUCGGCCCUUUGCCUCAAAGUUAUGUCAAACACAUAACCGUUUGUGAGGAGACUUACGGCAUAAUAGGCGCUAAUUAUCCAGCAUUAGAACUCAUGGCUCUCUACACGGCGGCGGCAAUGCAUGACUUCGAUCACCCCGGGAGGACCAAUGCCUUUCUCGUUGCCACUUAUGCUUCUCAGGCCAUUUUAUAUAACGAUAGGUCGGUGCUGGAGAACCAUCACGCGGCCGCUGCCUGGAGUCUCUUCCUAUCAAAACCAGAAUAUAAUUGGUUGAGACAUCUCGAUAGGGCUGAGUUCAAGCGAUUCCGGUUUUUAGUCAUUGAAUUCAUUUUGGCAACUGAUCUAAAAAGACAUUUCGAAAUUUUAGCCGAAUUUAAUGCCAAAGUCAAUGAUGAUGACUCUACUGGGAUCGACUGGUUUUCAGAAACCGAUAGACUUUUAGUUAUGGAAAUGACUAUAAAGAUAGCUGAC